GGCCUGGGAGGUCCCUCCACUGGCGCUGUGGGAAGCUUUAGCCAAUCCAAUGCACCCUGACAACAAACUGCCCAGCCAUGGCAAGGCAGGCAGCAGCGGUGCCCCGGCCCAGCACCACAACGUGAGCCAAGCACCCACCUGCAACCUGGGCUCUAAGGGUGUGGGGGCGGGCAGCCAUGGCAGCAAGGCCACUCAGAUCUCCCCUGGCAACUCUGGACUGAAAAACAGCCAGAACACUGUCCCAAACUUCAGCUCCUUGAAGGGCAAGGUGAAACGGGAACGAAGCAUCUCGGUGGACUCCGGAGAACAGCGAGAAGCCAGCACCCCUUCACAGGACGCAGAAUCAAAAGGUGAGGUGGCUCCCCGUAGCAAGCGGCGGUGCGUGCUGGAAAGGAAGCAGCCAUACAGUGGGGACGAAUGGUGCUCUGGGCCGGACAGCGAGGAAGACGACAAGCCCAUCAGCAGUGCACACAAUUGUAAUGUAGCAGAUCCUGCGAUGUCCACAGCCUCGCAGCUUGGCCCAGGGUCCAACCCACUGCCGAACCUGAACGAGACCAGCUCUUCCAGUGUGCCUCAUGGUGCUGCCCCCAGCUUACGGUCGGACGCUGCAGGAGGCGGAGGCGGCGGAACAGGAAAGCAGCCUUCACAGUUCGUUUACGUCUUUACAACGCACCUUGCUAACACAGCUGCGGAAGCUGUCCUGCAGGGCCGAGCUGACUCCAUUCUGGCCUACCAUCAGCAGAAUGUCCCACGGGCAAAGCUAGACCAGGCACCAGCUCCUAAAGUGCUGGGGGUUGCUGAGCCACUUCCGAUUAACCCUCCUGCUGCCAACACUCCACAGUCCCAACCACCGGCACCUCAAGCGAGUCAGCCACAGCCUCCCCCGCCGCAGCCUCCGCCUCCACCUCAGACCAUCAGUCAAACACCUUUGCCUGCCCCCAGCAGCCUGCCCCAGGAAGGGACAAGUGAAGAUGUCCGGAGAGAUCUGACUCCCAACUCUUUGGGGAACAACAGUGGCAGCAACCAGCCUGGAAGUAACCACCCAAAUACGCCCACUGCGUCUGCCAACACCAUGCAGCCCGGGCAAGUGGACUCCUCUGCCACGUCCAGCUCCAGCCUCCUCGGGGAGGGCCCAGGCCCAGGGAUGCCGGGGAAUGGGCAGGCAGGCCUGGGCCCCAGGAACCCCAUGAACUCAGAAGGGCUCUCGAAGGAGCAGCUGGAGCACCGAGAGCGCUCUCUGCAGACCCUGAGGGACAUUGAGCGUCUGCUGCUGCGCAGCGGGGAGGCCGAGCCCUUCAUGAAGUCCAGCCAAAACGCGGGUGAGGGGGGGACUGCCCCUCCCCCCACCAGCAUGAAGAAGUAUGAAGAGCCUCUGCAGUCCAUGAUCUCCCAGACCCAGAGCCUUGGUGGGCCCAGUCUGGAACACGAGGUGUCCCACCACCCAGGCGCUGACAUGGGGCAGCAGAUGAACAUGAUGAUGCAGCGGCUGAACCAGGACAGCCUGACACCAGAGCAAGUGGCCUGGAGGAAGUUGCAGGAAGAGUACUACGAGGAAAAGCGACGGAAAGAGGAGCAGAUCAGCAUCCACGGCCGGCCCAUGCAGGAGAUCAUGAUCCCGCAGUCGAUGGGGAGCAUGAUGAUGCGUGGGCCCCCGCCACCCUACCACAGCAAGCCUGGAGAGCAGUGGCCGCCAGGGAUGGGCAGCCAGCUGCGGGGACCCAUAGAUGUGCAGGACCCUAUGCAGCUGCGGGGAGGGCCACCCUUCCCAGGGCCACGGUUCCCUGGGAAUCAAAUGCAGAGAGUCUCUGGCUUCGGAGGGAUGCAGAACAUGCCCUUGGAUGCUCUUGGGCCCAUGAAUGCCAUGCAGAGGCCAGUCAGGCCCGGCAUGGGAUGGAGCGACGAUAUGCCUCCUAUGGGAGGCCCCGGGAACUUUCCGCAAGGCACCCUGCCCUACCCAUCAGGGCAAGGGGACCCCGAAAGGUUCAUGAAUCCCCGUGCCAGGGAGGAGAUCCUGCGGCAUCAGCUGAUGGAGAAACGCCCAGUGGCAAUGCAAAGGCCCAUGGGGAUGUCCGGCAACUCCAUGAGCCAGGGCAUGGAAAUGGAGAGGAUGAUACAGGCUCACAGGCAGAUGGAUCCAUCCAUGUUUGCUGGGCAGAUAACGGGGGACAGCCUGAGCAGUGCCCCGAUGGGAAUGGAUUUUGCAGGUACUCGGGGGAUGCUGAGCCCCCCUAUGAGUCAGUCGGGCCUUCGGGACAUGGACGCACCCAUGGGCCCUGGCAACCUCAACAUGAACAUGAAUGUCAACAUGAACAUGAACAUGAACCUCAAUGUCCAGAUGACCCCGCAGCAGCAGAUGAUGAUGUCGCAGAAGAUGAGGGGCCCUGAUAUGAUGGCCCACCAGGGCAUGAGCCCCGAGGAGCUGGCCAGGGCAAGGGCUCAGAAUGGCAAUGGCAGUGCAAUGCUGGGGGGUCCCCAGAAAAUGAUGAUUCCCUCCCAGUUCCCCAACCAAGGACAGCAAGGCUUUUCGAGCGGGCAAGGACCUUACCCCAGCAUACCCCAGGAGAUGGGCAGCGGCUCGGACAUGUUCAGCCCUGAGCAGGGCACCAUGCCUGUUGGGAGCAUCAGUGGCACCACAAGGCUCAGCCACAUCCCUCUGCCUCCGGCCUCCAAUCCCACUCCCACGCAAGGGGGCAACCUGGCCAACAUGCACCCACCGCCUUCCCGGGGGCUGGGCCGCCGGCCCUCUGACCUCACCAUCAACAUCAGCCAGAUGAACUCCCCCAGCAUGGGUCACCUCAAGUCUCCCACCCUCAGCCAGGUGCAUUCGCCACUGGUCACCUCCCCCUCUGCCAACCUCAAGUCCCCGCAGACGCCCUCGCAGAUGGUCAGCAUGCCACCUUCAAACCAGUCUGGACCCCUGAAGUCUCCCCAGGUGAUGAGCUCCUCGCUUAAUGUCCGGUCUCCAACUGGCUCACCAAGCCGCCUGAAGUCCCCUUCUAUGGCUGUUCCUUCCCCUGGUUGGGUGCCGUCUCCCAAAGCCACCAUGCCCAGCCCGGGAGUCAACCAGAGCAAGCAGAGUCUCGGCAUGAACUCGUCUACUUCCAUGGGAGGACUGGAUCAGGGUUCUAUCCCUUCUGGGCCUCGGAGCAGCUCUUCCGCACCAGCCAGUAACACCUCUAGCACCAUGAAUCCCAACAUGCCUUUUACUUCCUCUCCAGAUCCAUCCCCCUCCCAGAACCCCCUCUCGCUGAUGAUGUCCCAGAUGUCCAAGUAUGCCAUGCCCAGCUCCACACCGCUUUACCACAAUGCCAUCAAAACCAUCGCCACCUCUGAUGAUGAGCUGCUGCCGGACAGGCCUAUGCUCCCGCCUGGAAGCAUGUCAGGCGUGACGGGGAAUCAGCCGAAUCAACUGCACUUGAACUCCGUGGGGCCUGGGUCCUCUCAGAGCCCCAUGGGAAUGAACCUGCCUGGUCAGCAACCCCUCUCCCACGAACCGCCCCCCACCUCCAUGAUGUCCUCCCCGAACCCUCUGGGCUCCAACAUUCCUAUGCACCCAAGUGCGCCAGGGGCGGGCGUGCCCCCCCAGAACCCCAUGAUGCUGCCCCCAGGGCCCCAGGGCUCCCUGAACCAGCAGUGCGGCCCCGUGCCUAACAGCUCGCAGAUGAUUCCUUCCAACCAGCUCGUGUUCCCCCGCAUGCAGCAGCCCCACAGCGCCAUGCCGUCUCCCGCCGGAGGCAUGCCCAUGGCCCCCGGCGGGGGAGGUGGCCCUGGGAUGCAGCAGCAUUACCCGCCAGGGAUGCCCUUGCCGCCUGAGGACCUUCCCUCCCAGCAGCCCAGCCAGAUGCCCCCUCAGCAGCACAUGAUGGGCAAGAGCAUCCCUCCUCGGAUCGGCGAGCCCUACCCGCCCGUGCUUCCUGGGGUGGCGUCGGUGCUGAACGACCCUGAGCUCAGCGAGGUCAUCCGCCCCACCCCCACAGGUAUCCCCGAGUUUGACCUGUCCAGGAUCAUCCCAUCAGAGAAGCCAAGCAGCACCUUGCAGUAUUUCCCCAAGAGCGACAGCCAAGCGCCCAAAUCGCAGCCUUCCAACCUCCACCUCAUGAACCUGCAGAACAUGAUGGCUGACCAGCCCUCGGUGCGGCCAGGUAUGAAUGCCCCCAGCCUCCCCGGGCAGCAGGGCGUGCAGAGGGGACUCAGCAUGCCCAUGUGCCAUCCUGGACAAGUGCCCAUGCUGGGCAGGACAGGCAUACCGCCCCAGCAAGGCAUGAUGGGCAACAGCAUGCACCAGGGCAUGAUGUCUCCGCAGCAGAGCCUGAUGGCCCAGCAGAAUUUCAUGCUGAUGCAGGCCAAGCAGAGAAGCAUGUCUGUGUCGGGGGAGAUGUAUGCUCAGACAGGACACAUGAUGUCACCUCAGGGCUCUCUCAUGGGGCCCCCGCCUCAGCAGAACCUCAUGGUCACGCACCAGAUGAGGCAGAGGAGUGUCUCCCUGGACAGCCAGAUGAGUUACAUCCCCGGGCCUGGGAACAUGGCGAACCUGCCUUUCUAACCCUGGCUGGCGCUCAGGGGUGGGGAGGGGACAGGGCGUUUUUAAACCUUUCUUUGGGGGAGGGUUGGGGGCCAAUGCCGGUGGAGGACACCAUGUGGGAUGCUUUUCAUAUCGGAUUUGCCUCUACACAGAAAACCAGAUGUGCAGUAAACUUGAUGUGAAUUGGGUUUCUUUUUCCUUUCUUUUUUGGGGAAGGGGAGGGUGGAGGGGCUGGGAGUGGGGCUGUUACUUUGAACCCUGCGUGGUGACCAGGGACAUCCAGACCCUGUGGCAGUUUGUAAAGUUUUCAUUUAUGGUUUUCCUCAGUCAGGUGUUUUUCUUUCCCUUUUUUAGCGCGCUCUCUCUUUUUUUCCUUUUUCUCUUUUUUCUUUUUUUUUUUUCCCCUCCCCUUUUUAAGCAACCAAAAUGUGCAAGAGGGGUUUUGGAACUAGCUGUAAAUAGGUCGCUGGGAAAGGCAAAACUUGUGCUGGUUUUUAAUUGUUCUGUAUUUCUGUGUUUUAAUAGAAGCCUCAAAACAUGUUUUAAAAAAACAGAAACAAAAACAUGCUAAAGGCAACAGUGUACAAGGAUUGAAAACUCUCCUUGGGGGAGGCAGGAGGAUCCCCCAGGGUGCACAGGGCAUUGAGAGAUCCCGUUGUAGAGUGACUCUGUGUCAAACCUGUGUUGUUCACGCAUCUGAACGGUUUGUAUGUGCGGGGUGUAUGGUUUCACAAAGAUCUUAGGCCCCUGCGGAGGCUGCGCCGAGUACACGAAUACAACCACUGACCGAGGACCGUCGGGGAGGUCAGAGCUGUGGCCCUGGUGAAACGUUGCCAGAGCAGUGCUCAUCCGGCAGGGCAGAGGCCGCAGCUUCACGGGACACAGCUGUCGCUGCUCCGUGGCGAAGCUGCCGCGGCCGGGACGGGGAGGAUGCCGGCGCUUCGACUGGAGAAGCGGCGAGGAUCUGGGCUUCACAGAUGGUAACAUGCUGGACCCGAAGGUCUUGACUGGCCGUGUCGCCUCUAGGCCCUUUUUUUCCCUUCCUGCUCUGUCGCCUGUGGGCAAGGGUGGUGCAGUGUGUUAGGGAUAGAUGGGCUCUGAGAUGAGUGAGGCGAUGCAUUCCUGUGCUUCUGGGAGAGGCUACCUGGGAACCCUACUCUUUUGCAGCCUUCCUACACCAGUCCUUUACCCAUCCGUUGCCCUCCGUGACUGCGCCGCACCCCCUCUACCUCUGCCGUUGAAUGCUCUCCCAGGUCUUCCUCAUGCUUGUUGGUCCUCCUCCUCUGGAGUUUCACAGGCAGUCUUCGCUCCGUCUCGCCCUGAGCUACUGGCAGCAGCCCUGCCCUACUGCACAGUAGAGGUCUAGCUGUUGAAGACGACCUGUCCCUGCAUGCGAUACUCCAUCUCAGUGUAAGAGUUGUCUCGUACGGUGUCAGCGGCGUGGCCGUCCUGUGCUUUGGACAGAAGAGGGUGAGGUUGCGUUGCAGCCCCUCGUUCCUAGGCUGGCGGAAGCAUGCCGUUCGAACAACUCGGGCUUUUCUGGAUGUGCUCCACCCUCCCCAUCCUCCACUCCCUAAGGUCUUCCUGCACGCAGCGCUGAUGGUCUUUCCUGCGUUUGUUCACGGAGGGGACUGUGGGGUGACACGCAUGCACUUCUGCACACACCACAGUAUCUCUGGACCCCCGUGGGGACCGCAUUCCAGCGUGGUGUACCCUAUGGGUAUCCAACGGUGAACUCGGGGCACGCGAUUGCCAGCGAAACACCAGUUGGAGGAUUAUCUCUGCAGAGCCAGACUUAGC